CAGAGGUACGAGGCUUCAAUGAGCCACAGAAGGAGGAAUACUUCAGAAAGAGAAUCAGUGAUCAGAGUCUGGCCGACAGGAUCAUCUCACACCUGAAGUCAUCUGGGAGCCUCCACAUCAUGUGCCACAUUCCAGUGUUCUGCUGGAUCUCAGCCACUGUUCUAGAGAAGAUGUUAAGUGAAGCAGAGAGUGGAGAGAUUCCCAAGACUCUCACUCAAAUGUACACACACUUCCUGAUCAUUCAGACCAACAUCAAACAUGAGAAGGACUAUGAGAAGAAAGUUAAAGAUGAAGACAUGAUUCUCAAACUGGGGAAACUGGCUUUUCAGCAGCUUGUGAAAGGAAACCUGAUCUUCUAUGAGGAAGACCUGAGAGAGUGUGGCAUUGAUGUGACAGAAGCAUCAGUGUACUCAGGAUUGUGCACUCAGAUCUUCAGAGAGGAGUUUGGCUUGUAUCAGGGGAAAGUCUUCUGCUUUGUUCAUUUGAGCAUUCAAGAACAUCUCGCAGCUCUAUAUGCACACAUUUACUUUACAAACGAGAACAGAAAUGUGUUUGACAAACAAAGUUUAUUUUCUAAAUUUUCAAACCAGAAGAAAUAUCAUUCAUUAUCUGAGUUGCAUCAGAGAGCUCUAAAUAAGGCCUUUAAGAGUAAAAAUGGACAUCUGGACCUUUUCCUGCGUUUCCUUCUGGGUCUCUCAUUGGAGUCCAAUCAGACUCUCUUACGAGAACUACUGACACUGACAGGAAGCUGCUCCUACAACAAAGAGAAAACAGUUCAGUACAUCAAACAGAAGAUUAGGGAGAAUCACUCUCCAGAGAGAUCCAUCAAUCUGUUCCACUGUCUGAAUAAACUGGGUGAUGAUUCACUGAUGCAGGAGAUCCAACGCUAUCUGAAAUCUGGAAAAAUAGGAGAAACCAAACUCUCUUCUUCACAGUGGUCAGCUCUGGUUUACGUGUUGCUAACAUCAGAGCAGACGAUGGAAGUUUUUGAUCUAAAAAAGUUUAUUGGAAAUCAAUAUACAGCAGAUGAAGUACUUCAGAAGCUGCUGCCGGUGGUCAAAGAAUCCAGAUCAGCUCAGCUACAGUUCUGUAAUCUCACCGCUCAUUCCUGUGAGAGUUUGUCUUCAGCUCUACAAUCCUCAAACAUGUUCCUGAGAGAGCUGGACCUGAGUAACAAUGACCUGCAGGAUUCAGGAGUGAAGCUUCUUUCUGAUGGACUGAAGAGUCCAAAAUGUCAGCUGCAGAUACUGAGGCUGUCUGGCUGUAUGGUGGCAGAGGAAGGCUGUGGUUAUGUGUCUUCAGCUCUGAGUUCAAACCCCUCACACCUGAGAGUGCUGGAUCUGAGCUACAAUCACCCAGGAGAUUCAGGAGUCAAGCUGCUCUCUGAGAAACUCAACCAUCCAAACUACAGACUGGACAAACUCAAGUAAGUCAAGCUAGUGGAGUUUUGUAACAAGAAUAGCUUUAGUUAUACUUCAGAGAUAUUCAGUGCUUGAAUCUGAUUGGUUGACCAACAUUCUAAGGUGUGCUAAUUAUUUUCCAGUAAACACACAGCUAAAGUUGUUCUAAGCAGGUCUUGACACGUUUACAGUUCAAUAUAAGGUCCUUACAACCUACAACAAAACAACUAAACCCACAAAGAAAAUGAUCUAGCAAAUAAUCUAACAACAGGAUAAAAAAAUUACAAAUUAUUUCCAUGAUUUUACCACAAGAUUAUGUUUUUUUUCUGUGGAAAGCACACACUUUCUCCUAGGGCUGUAGCAGUGAAGGAAUUUCCUUUGCAGGGAUUUUGUGUGGCUCAACAUCACAAUAUUUAUAAUAAAACACUGAUUUGUUUAUGAAUGAAACAAGGGGUCUCAUUCACUAAGCAUAUGUAUGCAUAAAUUUGUGUGUGAAAUCUGCGUACAAAUAUUUUUACAAACAAAUCAUGAUUCAUCAACAUUUGCU